GGUGCUGCGCCGUGCCAGAGACUGCAGGAGAGGAUGCGCUGAUGCGAGCGGAUAUCCUCGCUACACUAAUUGCUGUGAUUCAUGUCCCUGUUGAGUGUCUGAAACCUAUUCAUAGCCAGGGAGAAGGAGAGAAAGAAAGAGAGGAGCAGGAGAACAGAUCCGCACGCAUGGAGCCUUUUGGAAAUUAAGGUCUUAUAAGCAGGACGAAAGAGGAGGACCGCAGGCCAAAGUUUCCUCAGCAGCAGCAGAGUUUUCCCUCUCUCGUCUAUAUUUCUAUUCCACUGAGGCUCAGAUCGACUCCGUGAUGGGAUGCCAUUCAGGGAGGAGAGAGGAUGAUGGACACUUUGGCAUCACCGCGGCUCUUGUCCAGAAAGCCCUGGGUUUCCAGCAGGCGCGCUGCUGACCGAGCCCUCGGGACGGCGCUCAGUCAUUUGUUUUUGAAGUGGCAGGAAAAAUCCCGCUCUUGAUUGAGACAAGAGUGAGAGGAUGGUGCGCGCAGCGAUUCCUCAGAGACUGGCGUGCGCACUCAUCACAUUCCCGGCGAGGAGCGCGUCUUAAAGAGCUGCGGCGCUGCUCGCCUUCAUUCUGCUGAACUUGUUGAGCAGCUCCAGGAGCAGGGAUUAUUCCCGGGGAGGACAGGGGGUCUCAGACAUCGCCAGAUCAUCCAGCAGGACCAGGACCAUGAUUGACAGCCAGGCGAGCUGAGGAGACCUGCCACUCAUCUCCCUAUCAGCGUGUCAGACGGCUAUCUACUUUUGGCCUCCCCCCCUCUUCCUUCACCUACGCCUCCAUUAUCCACCUCCCUCCCUCAGUCCUCUCCUCUUAUCUUUUCAAUGGACCAGUAACCGCAUCGUCCCUCCAAGCCAUCCACCGGCUCCACAAACUUGAAAGAGACAAGAAAAGAAAAGCAACAACAUCAAGACACUUCUAAACCAACCCCGGCUCCACUUGAAGGGAGCUUGACAUGCCUCCUCACUCCGUUUGAGUGAGUGGACGUCCCUGGAAGAAGAAGAAGAAGAGUGAACCCCUCGUUUGUAGGCCCGCAGAAGGAGACACGGCUCCCUUAAAAGGAGCUGAGCAAGGAGGACCAGUCAUGCAUUUCUAUUUUGCACUGGUGCUGCAGGCGAUAUGGACUGGCGUUUGCCAGGCGGCCAUCCAGCACUACCCUGCGGCCUGGGGCCACUACGACGUGUGCAAGUCCCAGGUUUACUCGGACGAAGGUUUAACCUGGGACUACAUGGCGUGCCAACCCGAGGCGGCGGACAUGACCCAGUACCUGAAGGUCAGCCUGGACCCCCCUGACAUCACCUGUGGAGACCCUCCCGAGACGUACUGUGCCCUGGAGAAUCCUUACAUGUGUAACAACGAAUGUGAUGCCACCACCGAUGAGCUUGCACACCCUCCGAAGCUCAUGUUCGAUAUCGAGGGUCGCAACCCCACCACGUUCUGGCAGUCCACGUCCUGGAAGAAAUACCCCAAAGCCCUUUUGGUCAACAUUACUCUGUCUUGGAACAAGACCAUCGAGCUGACCGACGACAUCCUCCUCACCUUUGAGUCAGGCAGGCCCGAGCAGAUGGUCCUGGAGAAAUCGCUAGAUUACGGGCGGACCUGGCAGCCCUACCAGUUUUACGCCACUGACUGCCUGGAUGCCUUCACCAUGGAUCCCAAGACGGUGCAGGAUCUGACUCAGCACACCCUGCUGGACAUCAUCUGCACCGAGGAGUACUCUCGCGGUUACGUAUGGAAGAAUGACAAAACGGUACGCUUCGAGAUCAAGGACAGGUUUGCGCUGUUCGCCGGGCCCCGGCUCCACAACAUGGCCUCGCUCUAUGGACAGCUGGAUACAACCAAGAACCUGAGAGACUUUUUUACUAUCACCGAUCUGAGGAUCCGCCUGCUCCGGCCCGCCACGGGCGCUACGAUGGUCGACGAGAACAACUUGUCUAGAUACUUCUAUGCCAUUUCUGACAUCAAAGUUCAGGGCAGAUGCAAGUGUAAUCUUCACGCCAACAGCUGCGUGUACGACAAAGAGAAGUUGAGCUGCGAGUGCGAACACAACACCACUGGGCCCGACUGCGGCCGCUGCAAGAGGAGCUACCAGGGACGAGCGUGGAGUGCUGGCUCCUACCUGCCCAUCCCCAAGGGCACGGCUAAUAUCUGUAUCCCUAAUAACAUUGGUCCCGUUAACUGCGAAUGCUUCGGCCACUCCAACCGAUGCAGCUACAUCGAAGUGCUAAACACCGUCAUUUGCGUGAGCUGUAAGCACAACACUAGGGGCCAGCACUGCCAGCUAUGCAAGCUGGGCUUCUACCGCAAUGCCUCAGCAGAACUGGACGAUGAAAAUGUGUGCAUAGAGUGUAAUUGUAAUCCCUCUGGCUCAGUCAGUGAUCGCUGUAAUGGCACAGGAUUUUGUAUAUGUAAGGAGGGCACUACAGGGCCUAAGUGUCAGGAGUGUCUACCCGGCUAUUUGUGGGACGAUGGCUGCAAAUCCCGGGUGUGCGACAACGAACUCCUGCGCUGCCAGAACGGCGGGGUGUGCGUCAACAACGGCCGCUGCAACUGUCCCUCGGCGUACACGGGCCUGCUGUGCGAGAAGCCCCGCUGCGAGUCUGAGCUGGGGGGCUGCAGGGGCCCGGACUCGGGCCAGGCCCCCGCGCCGCUGCCGUCUCCCUCCGCCCUGCUGACGCUGCCGCUGCUGCUGCUGGUGCUGACGGAGGCCUCCUGCUGGCCCGCCGGCCUCUGAGGGGGAGCCAGCACUUAGUGGGAGUGACACUUCUCCCUCCGCCUUCACCUCAACCCCCCCCACCCCCCUACACCCACCCUGCCCCGCCCCUUUCAGAUAACCAACAACCUUUAAAAGUGAACCACCAUGAGCUUUCUGGACUGUAAUGUACUGAGCUUCUCCGCCGCCAGACUGGACGGGCACGCGCUGACGAUGAAGGGAAUGUGUCAGACAAACGAGUGCAAAAACUUUCCAUUUAAUUUCAAAGAAUAUAUAGAAAUUUAAAAAAAUAUAUAUACUUCUAAAGAACAGAUAUUAUCAAAAAUAUGAGUAUUUGCCUGAUAGGACUAAACGGAGCAGCGAACAGUGAGCCAUCCCACCCCUCCAUCCCCCUCUAAGCCAUACCAGGUACAUGAACUCCUUCUAGUUUGAGAAGGGAUAACUCGAGAUGACAGACUUGUUCACUUCCUCUCUUAUUGCCACGGCAACAACAGCUGCAACCAAUCGGCUCCUGCAUGAGCUGACAGUGGCCAGGGAUGCCCCUCGGGACGCUUCUGCGAGUUAAUGUUUGCUGGACUGACGCCGAAGAAAAAGAAAAAAACUAACAAAAAAACAAAAAAAAAAAAAAAAAAAACUGUCCCCACUGAGCAGCAAAGACUGGCCUCAGAGACAAAACUGUUCCACCGUGAUGCGACGACAAACGGAAAGAGGCGAAGGACCCAGGACGCAUUCUUUGCUGUCAGUGCAUUGUGGAUAGAAGGAAAUCUGUCCGGACUGCUACGUUGUGACACGAACCCUUGCCCAUGUUGAUCCCUCUCAAUCUGUCUGUCUCUCCUUCCAGCUCGCUCUCAUCCUCCCUCCUGUUCAGACCCAUCCUCUCCCUGCAACGCCCCCCCAUCCCCGCCAUGCUGCCACUGACCUGUGCUUUUGUGAAUGUUACUCUGUAAAACCCUCGUUGGUUGAAAGAUUCUUUUGUCAAAUGUUAGUGAUGCACAUAUGUGAGAAGCCUACGCCCCCCCCCCCCCCCCCCCUUAUCCUCUCCUUUCUAUCGAAAAGAUACUCCGGUAAAGCUGUCUGAUUCUUUUUCUAUCUUAGAGCCACCUUGCCUCCUGCGAUCAUGGUCAGAGGAUAGUUGCCACCCGAGCAGACGAGAAGUGCAUAGAAAUCCAUCGGUGUAUUUGCAAGUUCUUUUCUUGACAGAGCAAACAAACAAACAAACAAACAACAAAAAAAGAGUCAUGUUCUUUUGUAUCUCUGCUGAAUUGUGAUGGGAAAAAAGGAAACCGUUAAUGUAUCUAUUUAAGACAUCCAAACGCAAACGCUAUGGUUUUAUUCUGUUUCCGUUCCAGUUUUUUUCAUUCAUUGUCAUUUUACUUGUUAUUUUUAGUUGUGCAGUGGAAUUUUCCUUUGUAUUGGCAACGUGCUGACAUCAAAGAAUAUUGGUUUACAUAUACAGUAUUAAUAAAGUGUACUAAAAUCCCACCAAAGGACAUUAUAAAUGUUUUGUUCUUGCUUUAAC